CAAGGACAUCCCGUCCGGCUAAACCGUCCCGCUGUGCCAAUUGUGUGUCACCUCAUCGGUCUCUUGAUUUGAUUCGAUGUAUGUAUGUGUGUAAUGACGACUGAUUCAUAUGUUCAUGUAGUUUCGGUGCAUUCUCGAGGUAUGACUCAUUAGUUCCACCGUGAUCAUUUUGUUCCACUCUCUCGACCCAAUCAGACGCGUUGGACGUGGGUGUGGUUUUGACUGACAAUCAAAAUGCGCCAAUCCGCUUCGAGAAGGUGGUUGAAUGUGUUCUGUGCGGAUACGUGGGUAUCGAAGUUCUUUUCGAAAUGAGUUUCCACUACGGCCAGGGUUAUCCAGGAGGACAAGCUGGAGGGGCUAACUUCCCCCGUCAACACCCACCCCCUGGUGCUCCGUACGGGGGUAGUGCUCCACCUGGACAGUAUGGAGGCUCUGGCCCAUCGGGCUACGCCCCGUACGGGGGAGCGACCGCCCCUCCAGGGAGUCAAAAUGCUGGAGGGGCUGCACCAGGAGGGCCCUACGGGGGCUAUGGGGCCCCAGGACAGGGGAGGCAGGCUGGGGGAGCACCAGGGGCCCCAUACGGAGGGGGACAGACCCCUGGAGGGCCUUAUGUUGGGGGGUAUGGAGGACAGCCACAGGGAGGGCCCUAUGGACAGCAGUCUCCAGCAGGUAACAUACCACCAGGGGUGAACCCAGAAGCAUACCAGUGGUUCCAGACAGUGGACACCGAUCACAGCGGCUCCAUCACUCUAAAGGAACUGAAACAGGCUCUGGUCAACUCCAACUGGUCAGCCUUUAACGACGAGACCUGCCUUAUGAUGAUCAACAUGUUUGACAAGACCAAGUCUGGCCGUAUCGACCUGUUUGGGUUCUCGGCCCUGUGGGUCUUCAUGCAACAGUGGAGACAGCUGUUCCAACAGUACGACCGCGACGGCUCCGGCUGCAUCAGUGGCACUGAGCUCCACCAAGCCUUGUCCCAGAUGGGAUAUAACCUGAGUCCCCAGUUCACUGAGACGAUAGCGGCUAAGUACGCCGUGAGCUCUGGGCGUCCUGGUUCCCUGCAGCUAGACUCUUUCAUCCAGGUGUGUACACAGCUACAGAGCAUGACGCAGGCCUUCAGGGAGAAGGAUUCCGCCAUGACGGGAAACAUACGCAUGAGCUACGAAGAUUUCCUGUCCACCACCGUCAACAGGCUCAUGUGAGAGGGGCUAAUGGUAAUGUUCCACCUCCCAGUGGUGGCUGGUGACACUUUACAUGGGGUGGGCACAUGCUUUUAUAGUAUCAUCUUUUUGAUUUACUCCAUAUUCCAGUUGUUAUUUUGAGCUGUCCUCCCUUCACCAGCCUCCAGUGCCAGCCACCAAUAAUAGGAAAAAAGGGUCCACCUAAAGUCAACACCCUGAAAUCAAGAUGGAGGACAAAUGAGUCAAACUGAGGAUGAGGAAAUGGAGGAGACUAGGGGAGAUGAGGAGAUACAAUUAAUCACUCUCUUUGUCUGUAUCACACACAAGGGUAUGGAGUCUAUAUAUAUGCCUACUGCAAACCUGCUCACAAGCAUCCUUAAUAUAUAAACUCCAGGACUUGGUGGAACUCGAUGUGCCAUUUCAACCUCAUGUGUAGUGUCAAUCUCACAGGGCCAGUUUCCUGAACCAAGAUAUACAGAUUCCUAAUUGCCAAAGCUUUUUAGUCCAGGGCGAACUCUUAAUCUUGGUCUAGGAAACCAGCUCAAAGUAUAAGCUGGGUAUCCGUUACAUUGCAUGUAUGACACUCAGUACACUCGAAUAAUGCGCCAGAGCCAAUUUUAAUAAUUUUGACAACAUAGCUUUACUCCAAACCACUACCUUAUCUGCUGGUAGCUGUGAUGGUUAUGACUGUUGAUGAUCACCGUUGCACAUUGUCGCACAGUUAUAGUUCAGGACCAAUCUCUUUUAAUUUUUUUUUUAUUUAAAACAAAAAAAUCAAUGUAUUGUUUACUGUCAUAACUUGAAAUUGUAUUAAAGUUUAAACUUAAAAGUCCAAA